GCAGAGGUCUCCAGCCCGGCAGGGCGAGCCCGCGGGGGAAAAUGUCAGCGCCGGGCCAGAUCUGAGCAGGGUAGGCCGGAGGCAGCGCGGUGCUGGGCGGUAGCGCCCGGGUCAUGGAGUGGUGCUGCCAGCUCCAGACCCGCUGUGCAUCGCAUUCCGCUGAAUGACCUUGGGCAUGAAGUAGACCUCCUGCUAUGUAAAGCGACGAUGUGGGGAGUCUGAAUGACCUUGGGCAUGAAGUAGACCUCCUGCUAUGUGAAGCGACGAUGUGGGGAGUGGGGAGUUCGCUGUGUCAGGUGCCCAGCACCCACGUGACCCUCAGUAAAGGCUGAACCCCGUCUGUCCACAGUUUUCAUUUCCAAGCCUCCAGUUAUCCGAGGUCCAAAAAUAUCCAAUAGCAACUCCAGUUUGAAAUUGCCCACUAUUGUGAGUAACAUGAUAAAAUCUCCAGCUGCCUGAACAGGACUCACCUUCACCUUUUGUCUCUCCUAAGGUCUGCUCUCAGAGCUGAAGCUGACAGUGCCCUGGGGCCACAUUGCUGCCAAAGCCUGGGGCUCCCUGCAGGGCCCCCCAGUUCUGUGCCUGCAUGGCUGGCUGGACAAUGCCAACUCCUUCGAUAGACUCAUCCCUCUCCUCCCACAAGACUUCUAUUACGUUGCCAUGGAUUUCGGAGGUCAUGGGCUCUCAUCCCAUUACAGCCCAGGUGUCCCGUAUUACCACCAAAACUUUGUGAAUGAGGUCCGGCGAGUCGUGGCAGCCUUGAAAUGGAGCCGUUUCUCUCUCAUGGGCCACAGUUUUGGAGGCACUGUAGGCGGCAUGUUUUCCUGCACCUUCCCCGAGAUGGUGGAUGAACUUAUCUUGUUGGACGCAUCGCCGUUUGCCAUGGACAUUAAUGAGAUGGAGAACUUGCUGACCUAUAAGCGGAGAGCCAUAGAGCACGUGCUGCAGGUGGAGACCUCCCAGAAGCCCUCACGUGUGGUCAGCCCGGAGGAGAUGCUGCAGGGGUUCCUGAAGAACAACAGCCAUGUGGGUGAGGAGUGCGGGAAACUCCUCCUGCAGAGAGGAACCACCCCGGAGGCCACAGGUCUGGUGCUGAACAGAGACCGGAGGAUCACUUGGCCGGAGUACAGCUUUGACUUCAUCAGCAGGGAGCUGUUCACGCACUCCAUCCAGCAGCUGCAGGCCCGCGUCCUGCUUGUCAAAGCAGCAGAAGGAUACAGUGAUGUGAGACGGGAGAAUGAUGCCAACAGGGAGCCGCUGAUGUUUAUGCUGGACAUGAUGCGAUCCGUCCUAAAAGAGCGGUUCCAGUUUGUACAAAUCCCUGGCAACCAUUAUGUCCACAUGAAUGCUCCCCACCACGUGGCCAAUGUCGUCAGCUCCUUUUUACAGAGCAAACGCAGGAUCCCAGCUCAGCUGUAGCCUGGACCUGGGCUACGGACAUCUCACGCUCACGCUGCUCAGCCUCCACGUGGCUGGCAUGGCGGCAACAGGCCUUACUGAAAACCAAGAUGAACAGGAGAGAAUCCUGUGAUGGAGGUGGGGGAAGGGCCAAGAUUCUGACAUUAACGUUUGUGACUUCAAGGGGACAGCAUUUAGACUUAGGGUGUCUGUUUUGUAGUUAAUGACCUGUAGUGAGCUGGUAUAGGCAGAAGGAAGCUUGCCUGUCAUUUGGUGGCUUCUGAAGCCUUCUCCACUGCCAGCCUGGAUGCAAAAUAAAAUGUUCUCGCCUUC